AUCAGCCGUAUCAAGGAGAGGGGCUGGCAGACGGUGUGACCGACAUGUCCAACGACACUAUUCAUUGGGAGGCAAGAUACCUACCAGCAGGGCCACCACGUUUGCUGGGAUGGAAUGUUCCUGCCGAAGAAUUAGUCCAUAUACCGGAACAUUGGCUGGUCUAUCCCGAGCCGAACCCCUCCCUUCAUUAUUUAUUAGCCCUGUUGUACAUUCUUUUUACUUUCCUCGCUUUACUUGGGAAUGGUUUGGUGAUAUGGAUCUUUUGCGCUGCCAAAUCACUGAGGACCCCCUCGAACAUGUUCGUUGUGAAUCUGGCGGUUUGUGACUUCUUCAUGAUGAUCAAGACACCUAUCUUUAUAUAUAAUUCCUUUAACACCGGUUUUGCACUGGGGAAUUUAGGAUGUCAAAUAUUCGCGGUCAUCGGUUCCCUAACUGGAAUUGCGGCCGGAAUGACGAAUGCAGCUAUAGCAUACGACAGAUAUAGUACAAUUGCAAGGCCUCUGGAUGGCAAGUUGUCGCGCGGACAAGUUAUCCUGUUCAUCGUCUUAAUCUGGACGUACACCAUACCAUGGGCGUUGAUGCCUGUAAUGGGAGUGUGGGGACGUUUUGUACCGGAAGGCUUUCUCACCAGCUGCAGCUUUGAUUAUUUGACCGACUCGAACGAAAUACGAAUUUUCGUCGCCACCAUCUUCACCUUCUCCUAUUGCAUCCCAAUGACGUUUAUAAUCUAUUACUAUAGCCAGAUCGUUAGCCACGUCGUGAAUCACGAGAAGGCGCUCCGGGAACAGGCGAAGAAGAUGAACGUUGACAGUUUACGGAGUAACGCGAACACAAAUGCUCAAAGCGCUGAGAUUCGUAUAGCGAAGGCUGCCAUUACGAUUUGUUUCCUAUACAUCUUCUCGUGGACUCCUUAUGGUGUGAUGGCAAUGAUUGGUGCGUUUGGCAAUAGAGGGCUUCUGACACCUGGUGUUACGAUGAUACCUGCAUGUACGUGUAAAGCUGUUGCUUGCUUGGACCCCUAUGUAUAUGCUAUAAGUCAUCCAAAAUACAGGUUGGAACUGCAGAAACGACUACCGUGGCUGGAAUUACAAGAAAAGCCGAUAUCCGAUUCGCAAAGCACUACAACUGAAACAGUAAAUGCACCACCGGCCUCGAGCUAAAUUUCCAUCCGAACUGUUACUCUUUGGCAACAAAAGAUAGCAAUACACAUAUUUGGCUCUCGUUCGACACUUUGUUUGUUAAAGACUCGCGGACCUUGUAUAGCGAAAGUAAUAAAGCAAUUUCCUGGCAAA